UUCUUACAACCAGUCAUGGUGAUCCACGCCACCCAUAUAUUGGAAAUAGCGGAUAGUUUGGAAACUUGUACUUUCUUUUUUUCCUGUUUACUCCAUUGUUGAACUUGGUUGGUGAGAAAAACCGUAUAAUAAUUGGUUUCAAUAGAAACACAUUUACUGUAUUGUUGUCAAAGCACCAGUCAUAUGCACCUCAAGGAUUCUGUUCUAGAACUUGGCCUUAUUCAAAAUAAACCAGGAGUCUGCUACAAAAUUCACACCUCAAGCCAACCAAGACUUUACCCAAAUCUUAGGAAACCAGAAUACAAAAAUAUUCAUGAAUCAUGCACUGAAUGGCUAAAAGAAAAGGAGUACAACAAUUGCUUAGGACUUAGAACACAGAAUGAUGAAGUUAUUAUGCUUUCUUGUAAAGGAGUAACGAGCAGAAGACGACGCGGAUGCUACAAAAUAAUUAAUCAGGAUAAGAAAGAAGAAAUUGUUUGCCAGAAAGUAAAUCGAAACGAAGGGUGUGAAGUACUUACUACUAGGUCUAAUUUAACUAUUGUCAUUCACUGUAUACCAAGGGGUUAUUCGCCUAGUAUUUUUGAUAUUAGAACACGAAAACCACCCAGGGAGUACAGAGAAACUUCCGAUUAAAUAUUAGAACGGAUGUAGGAAUUUAUAUACUAGUACAGGGUAAUAACGAUUUUCUCGGGACACUCAAAGAUCCAGGUAGCUGACUACUUUUUUAGUUAUUGUAGACCUAUAGGAAGAAAACCUACCUGUUUCCUGCCUAAAGUUCGCGUCCGUUUUUUAAUUAUUAACGAUUUAGUGCAAAAAUCGCGAUUUUUUCGAUUUUUUGCACUCCAUUCAAAAACUAAAUAGUUGACAUAAAUUUACAAAAUUCAGUUUUUUAGAACAUUGAAAAACCUUCAAAAUGCCGAUUUUUGAAAGUUAAAAAGUUAAUUUGUUGCUAAGCAAAUUGAAAAAUAAGUGAAAAUCGUUAUUUGUUAAUAUCUUUUACUAAAACUACCUUAGAACUUUAGUGUUUCACCCAAAGUUGGAUAUUGGGGUACUUAACAAACCCUCGAAAUUUGAGACUGAUUCAUUAAUUAGUUUAGUUAUUCUAUUUGUUUAUCCCAGAGACCUUUAUUUUGCAAUAAGAUAAGACAGAAGAUAAUCAAGAUAGAGCAAUUCUAAGUAUGCUAAAUGAAAGUACAAGAGUGAUAGUAUCAAAUUGUAUUAAAAAAAAGUUAAAAAAAUGAUUAACAUAGUCAAAAAUGCUAAUGCCAAAUUUUUAAAAUUUUGUAGUUUAUAAACAUUUAGAAUAACUUUAAAAAUGUUGUGAGUAGAAACAAUCUUUUUAUAUAUUCGAAAAGAUAGUAUUUUAACACGAAUUUUCAAAUAAAAAUAUUUAGCCUGGGCUCAUUUGGGACAAAGUUAGCCAUAUGUUUUUUUUAAUUCACAGCUAAUUUGUUUAUAAUAAUUAAGGAAUCUCAUUAAUUUCAUUUUAAAAACGGGGAUUUGUAUUUUUUCUUAAAAAAUUUGCACAAACAUUAUACCUUCACAGCACCCUCUACGAUUUUUCAAAAAUGUAGUGCAAACGAUUACUAGGGGGAACCUACAAAUCCAGCGAGUUAAAAUACCGAAAAAGCAAUUUCAAACGAAUAUAAUUUGCUGUAUCUCCGGACCAACUCGAUGGAUUUUGAUCUUUCUCUUUUAAUUGGUAUGUAAUUUUACGUACAUUACAAAUGUGCAAUUUGUUUAUAAAUUUAUUAAUUAAUAAACAGUCCAAUUUGUUUAAACAAUUCUUGAAAAAAUAUUUUUUUACAAAAAUCUAUUUUUUUAAUCAUAGUAUUAUUAAUGAUCACAGAAAAAGUUAAAGUACACUUUAAUAAAUAAAUGAUUUUUAUUAGAUAAUUAUUUAUUGCAGAUAAUUUAUUUAUUAAAGUAUACCUUAACUUUUUCUAUGAUUAAUAGGGAUAGUAUGAUUAAAACCAUGGAUUUUUGGGAAAAAAAUAUUUUUUCAAACAUUUUUUAAACAAAUUAGACUGUUUAUUAAUUAAUAAAUGUCUAGACAAAUUACAUAUUUGUAAUGUAGAGAAAAAUUACAUACAAACUAAAAAAAGAACGAUCAAAGUAUAUUCAGUACCUAGAUCCCGAGAUAUAGAAAAUGAUAGUAGUUUUAAGUUGCUUUUUUUAGCUUUUGAACUCGUGCAUUUGUCGGCUCCCAGAUCCCCCUUCACUUACCACGACUAGUCACCAGUUAAACUACAUUUUUAAAAAUUCGUGUAAAAUACCAGCUUUUGUAAUAUGUAAAAUGACUUUUUUACAGACAAUAUUUUUAAAGUUAUUCUAAAUGUUUUUAAACUACAAAAUUUCACAAAUUUGGCAUUAGGAUUUUUUACUAUAUUAUAUAAUCUUUUUAUCGUUUUUUAGUACAUGUUAAUAGUAUCAGUUUUUUACUUUCAUUUGGCAUACUCAGAAUUUAGUAUACCUUAACAUUAGAAUCUCUGUGCCAGGCACGAGGGUAUGAAGCCAGGUCAAUUUAUAUUAUUUUGAGUUUCUUUACGUGCUGGUUUGUCGCUUUUAGGCUUGUUCCAACUAGCGGUCAAACCAGUCAGAAACUAUCAGCGAAUAGUCGACCAAUACGAGUAGAGGGGAUAGCACUUAUGACUGCAUUAUGUUCUCGCACUGGCCAACUGUUUGCUGACGAUUUCUGAUUAGUUUGACUGUUGGUUGGAACAGACCUUUUUAUUAUGUAUAUUUUCUGUUAAAAAGUUUUUGUAUUUAUAAUUAAACUUUUAGUGCAUCAUGAUCGUGGGUAUUUUGAUAAUAUUUUGAUUAUUUCUUAAGUUUAAUUUAAUUGACAAUAAAGAUUAGUAUUUUAAAAAUUUUUUUGGUGGUUUUUCGCUAGAAAAAAAACUACAAAUGUUAUAAGGUGUUGUGGAGCUUUCGAGUUAGCUUUAAGAGGUCACGACGAAAAAGAAAAUUCAGAAAAUAGAGGCAUAUUUAAGGAGCUGGUCAAUUUUAGCGCCGAAUUAGACAACGAUUUAAAGGUUCAUAUUAUUCAAAGUACCAGAUCUUUCAAAGGUCUACCUUCUCCGGACCUUUAGUUGCUUCUAAUUUAUUUAUGUCGGAGAAGUUUUCUGCUUAUAAGCAUCAGUUCUCCGAAUCAUUUCUUAAUGAAACAUGGAGACAAUUUUAAUUUUUAAGCAAAACUCGGUUUAAAACUGAAUUAGAAGUAGGUACUGUAUUAGCGAGACGAAUUAAGUACUACCUCUGGGGCUGUUCGCUAUCGGUUUUAUUGUAGAGGGAAGGUUUAAAAAGCACAUUUGAAGAAACUAUUAAACUUUUAAGUAUUUUAGUUACCAUUCCUAUAUCAACAUCUGAAGCAGAACGCUGUUUUUCGAUGUUUACAUCGAAAAAUAGUGCUUUAGGUAUGCUAUCUGCAGAAAAGAAUUUUGUAAAUUGUAUUGAUAAUUUUAAUUAUAAAGUCAUUGAAAACUUUGCAACCAAAAGAUAGAAGAAUGAACUUCAUAAUAUAUCGUAAACUUUAAAAGUGACAUUACAAAAAUUUGUGCAUGUGUGUGAAUAAUGAAAUAGUAUUAUUUUUAUAAAUUGAUAAAUAGAGACUAAAUCGUAAUAACAAUUUUCAAGCACUAUCAGCAGUAAAUGCUGGUGGUAGGUUAAGAGGAUUUUAUUAUUAAUUAAUUUACGGAACUGUUUUGAUCAAUGUUGGACAAUUGCUUGGCACCUCAGAUCAAUAAACUAAGAUAUGUACAUAAGAUAAAAGUAUCCGCGCAUUUUUUUUUUAGUUUUUGUUGUCAGUAUACCUUUCUUUGACAAUAUUGUGAAUCCGUCACUAAAAAUUUUGGCGGCUGCCCGAGUUGUGGCACUACCUUCUUAAAGUGGUACGAGCCGCCACUGCCCCAAUACCCAACAUUGGGUAAAACACUAAAGUUCUGAGGUAGUUUUAGUAAAAGUUAUUAACAAAUAACGAUUUUCACUUAUUUUGCAGUUUGCGUAGCAACAAAUUAACUUAACUUUCAAAAAUCGGCAUUUUGAAGGUUUUUUAAUGUUCUAAAAAAUUUAAUUUUGUAAUUUUCUGUCAACUAUUUAGCUUUUGAAAGGGGUGCAAAAAUCGAAAAAAUCGCGAUUUUUUGCACUAAAUUGUUAAUAAUUAAAAAACGGACGCGAACUCUAGGCAGGAAACAGGUAGGUUAUCAUCCUAUAGGUAUACAAUAACUGAAAAAGUAGUCAGCUACCUGGAUCUUUGAGUGUCCCGAACAUGGUCUAUUUCUAGCUUAUUACCCUGGUCUAUACGUUUUUUAAAUUUUAACUAUAAAGCAUUGUAUAGGUAUGACAUUAUAUAGAAAGAUACAUUAUAAAGUUUUUAAUUUU